GUUUCAGCUUGUUGUUGUCUUAAGUCGUCCGGCUUUAUGUUUGAAAAUAAAUAAAAAUUCGUAUUUUCGAUCUAGUAAUCUAAUUAAUAAAACGCAAGCAUAUUUUCGGUUUGCUUGCUCGACUAUACUAACAAAAUUAAUUGUGCGCGUGUAAAUGUAAAAGUUAUCCAAAAUUUUCUGUGAAAAACCUAUGGCACAGAUCACAACUGAUAAAAGGUCAACGCCGACGAUGCGUCCACAUACAACAUCAGGUAAUGUUGCAUCGGCCACUGCCUCUGCCACAAAGGAGAACACGGCCAGACAUCAUACAUCACAGACCCGUGGCAAGGGCAUUGAAAUUUUAGAUUUCCAUGAAUCCUGGCUAGAAGAGGUCGAACUCUACAAGGACAAGCUGGUGAUGUGCAAGCAGCUGUCUCAACACAAUCACCAAUCAUCCGCACAUCAAUCGUCACACCAAUCAUCGCAUCAAUCCCACAACUAUAGCCCCUUUAAUCCAACCCGACUGUCCCCACACACGCGGAGUGUGGCUGGCCAUUCCUCGCCCGUGGCCAGUGCCACCCAUGCGGCCGCCGCAGCAGCAGCCGUAACAACCGCCGCUACGGCAUCAACUGCCGCUGCCGCUACCAAGUUGAUUAAGGGACAAAUACAGAAGACGUCGCAUCUGGCCCACAGACGAUCAAAGUUGUCGGAUGCUUCAAAUGCAGCCAUUGCCAGCUCAGCUCAGCCCGUCAAGUCAAUGACGACCCGCAUCCUGCCGAAGUUGAACUCUGUGCCAGCUCCUGUUGUUGGUGUCCUUCAAUCAGAGCCGUAUAAGAAAGUCCAGAUGCUCUUGAAGCGUGCUCGAGAGGAUGCGCUUGCCAAGAAUUCAACGAACAGCAGUGCCAACAACAGCAACAACAGCAAGCGCUCCAAUAACACGGGCUGUCCAAGUCCACCUCGGGGAGGAAUGGCCCACAGCUCGAGUGCCACGACAAUUAAGGCGGCCAGCAAGAUUGUUGUGAAUACGUUCCAUGGCAGCAGCAUGCUGAAUGGACAGCAGCAUGACGAGAAGAGUAAAAUACUUACCCAAAACGGCCUGACCAAAUCGGCUGCCUCGGCCCUGGAAACGUCGCUCUAUGCAUCGCUCUAUGCUCAGCCAUCACAGAUGCCAUUCCAAUGCCUGAACUCACGGAUCGCAUCCGGUGAGCAUUCGAGCAACUACAUGGGCGUCUCCUUGAACAAAUGCGUUAGCAUCAACCAUGAAGGACGGCAAAACGAUGAUGAUCCCUGCGGUGCAAUUGACGAAAUUACUAGCUAUGACGAUUCGGAUUCGGAUGAGGACUAUGUGGGCACACCGUUUUAUCUGGAGGAUGAUAACGAUGAGACUAGCCAAAGCCGUCAUAUACGACUUAAACUGGAAAAGGGACCAUCCAAGACAUCGGUGGCAACGACAACCACCACAGACUCCGAAGUAUCUGUAUACUUCAAGCCGGAUUCUAUAUUAUCGCCGAGUCUAUUCCCAAAUGUGCCUCCCUAUUUAAAUUUCACAUCACAUGCCGAUAAGGGCCCACCCAUGCCGGCUGCACUGCAUCGUGUGCUCAAAUGGAAACUCAGUCCGGUCAUGCCAAAGAUUGUGAAGCGCGUGGUACUGAAUUCUGGCUUUCGCAUUAUCAAAAAUACCACAGACUGGAUGGCCGUGUGGGAGAAGCAUAUGAAGAGUCCAGGCUUCCGUACGAUACGUUCGCAUCAGAAAUAUAACCAUAUGCCCGGCUCAUUUCGUAUUGGUCGUAAGGAUACAAUGUGGCGCAGCAUUGCAAACAAUAUGAAGAAAUUCGGUAAAAAGGAAUUUGGAAUCAUGCAAAAAUCGUAUAUAAUGCCUGAUGAUUUGGAACAUCUGCGUCAAGUGUGGCCAAAGAACGCUUCAAAGCUGACCAAAUGGAUUGUGAAGCCACCGGCGAGUGCGCGCGGCACUGGCAUACGCAUUGUGAACAAGUGGAGUCAAUUCCCCAAGGAUCGCCCAUUGGUGGUGCAGAAGUAUAUUGAACGACCGUUGCUAAUCAAUGACAACAAGUUUGACAUGCGACUGUAUGUGGUGCUGACCUCCAUUAACCCGCUGCGCAUCUAUAUGUUCAAGGAUGGCUUAGCGAGAUUCGCCUCCGUCAAAUACAGCUCGGAGUUGGGCAAUCUGGAUGAGCGCUGUAUGCAUCUGACGAACUAUAGUAUAAAUAAGUUUUCACAAAAUUAUACUAAGAACGAGGAUUUCAAUGCGUGUCAAGGACACAAAUGGACACUGCAAUCUCUGUGGUCCUGCCUAGAGAAUCGUGGUGUCAAUACGAAACGCUUAUGGGCAACACUACGUAAUCUGGUUAUCCGCGGCAUAGUCAGCGGCGAAUCGGGCUUGAAUCGUAUGUAUCGGCAAAACGUGAAUUUCCGUUACAACUGUUAUGAGCUGUUCGGAUUCGAUGUGUUGCUCGAUGAAAACUUGGUGCCUUGGUUGCUCGAGAUUAACAUAUCACCAUCACUGCACUCGGAGCUGCCGCUCGAUUUGCACGUGAAGGGACCGUUAAUCCAGGCCGUAUUGAAUACGGCUCUAUAUCAAGUGCCGCCCAAGCUGAACGAACGCCAGCAGCAGGAGAUACUGGAGGAGCUGCAGAUGCAGGGACCGCUGGUCCACGACAAACGAAUCUUUACCACCUGCCUAACAGCCGAAGAGGUGCGUAAGCAUAACCACUUCACCAGUCGUGCCAUUGAGUUUCGUGAGGAAUAUGUGGAUACCAUAUUGGACAAUCUGCUGCCAGAUGAUGUUCGAUGCCUUAUUAUUGCCGAAGAUGAGCUGGCUCGGUGUAAGCCACUGGAGCGCGUCUUUCCAACGCUGGGCACACACGUUUUUCUACCUUAUUUUGAAAAUGCGCGCUACUAUAACCGCUUACUAGAUGCUUGGGAGACCAAGUACGCCAAGAAUCGUGAACAGGGCAUUGCAUUAUUGUCGCGCUUCUGCAAGGAUAAAUAUCAUUUGCAGGUCUCCGAAGCAGCGAUGGAGAAGGAACCAAAUGUAGCUCUCACUGAGAUCGAUAUGCUGCAUGUGAAAAAGGAUGAAAUUCUGGAUAACCCGACCAAUUUGCCGCUCAUUAAGGCAGCUGAGAGUAGUCAUGCAGCUUUGCAAGCAGCCAUGGCCUUUAAAGCAUCACAUCAUUGACACCGGAAGGCUGACCAUAAGUUCAAUCAGCGACUCUGCGCCAAGAAUCCAUUGUCUAUUUGUUAAUUCGUAUUGGUGCACAUGAUAACAGUAACUAUACUAACUCCAGUCUUUUAAACACACGUUGAAUUCUACAAAAUCAAAGUAAAAUCUUUACCGGUUAAUAUAUUUUCUACACAACACAAAA